CGAAUCCGAAUAAUGAAACCCGACAUGAUCCACCCGCCAUCCGUCACCAGCGAAACCUCUGUUCUUCUUCCUUCGAUUAAAUCAAAGACCCAAGAAAUGUCUUGUCCCAGCCCCUCCGUAUACAUUGCCCCUCGGCGGUUCCUCUGAUCGGAACGAAUCAAUGGCUUCCGCGAUCUACAGCUGUAAGGAGUGCGGGGCGAACCUGAACCUGAGCCAGGACCAUCUCUUCCCGGCGGGGUUCUACUUCGAGGCCGGGAACAAGGGCACGCUGUCCUUCUCCGCCAUUGACUCCACCAAGUUCCGGUUCCAGAAGGAGGACAAGAUCAAGCCCUUCUUCGAGACCCUCGAUUACUGGGGGAUCCAGAGGAAGCGGACCAAGAUCAUCUGCAACUCCUGCGGCGCCUACGUCUACGACGACGGUCCCCCCCUCACCGACAGCCCUGGCCAGUUCCACUUCGGCCCCAGUCAGGUCAUCCCCAGGGCCCCUCGGUACCGCUUCAGGACCAAGGCUCUCAAUGUUUCAUCUCAGACUUGACUUUUCAGUUUCCGUCUUGUCAUUUUUGCGUGUAUUCGCCUUGUUGAUUGUGUAUGCGGCUCCAUAGGAAUGUCGAUCGCUUGUGGAUAGUUUUGUAUGAUACCCUUUGUACAAUUACUCACAGUUAUAGAAUAAAUCGGGAAAAAAAGGUUAUACUUUGCUCUGCUGCUGUUGAUUAA